AUGAUGGAAGAAAGCAAGCAAAUUAUAGAAGAAUUUGUUUUCCUCACGUAAUCUCUGCGGUUUUGGAAAGCACUGAAGCACGAUUUUCUGCAGUGAAACUCCUUGAUUCAGCUGCAAGUGGUACUUUAUCUCGUCUAACAUUUGCAGUGCCUGUCACCUCAGCUAAUUGCGAAUUCAUUAUUCAAGAGAUCGUGUGUAUUGUUUCGUGUUGAUCCGAAGAUAUUGGCGCGAGAUUUAUCGUACAUGAUUUUUAUUAUGGCUUGAUCAAUGCCGUCAUCAAGCGAAAGAGGUGAAAUAUCGGCAAUUUCCUUGACCUUGGACAAGUUAUUUUUCUCCCUGAUGCACGUGUUUUAUGGUAUACAUGAACUGAUUCCGUCAGAAAAUGGCUGAGAUCAGGAGUUUAGCUUCUGCAAGGACUGAAGAUGAUGUUUCCUUAGAAGAGGUGAAGCCUCAGAUCACUGUGGACAAUGAAGAAUUCAGAAAGGUUUUCGAAAGGCCAUUCGCUGCUCCGCUUCCAUCUGAGUCAGCACCUCAAUCAUUGCAAGUUCCCACUUCUCAUUAUGACUACAAUUUCGACGAGAAAGAUUACAAAUCUCGUCGUGUAUCCUCCACCAGAUACCAUGCACCGUUACAAAGACUUCAUUCCCGUGUCAGAAAUCUGGAUAAACUGGAGAAAACAGAUAGAGGAUCUUCAGAGCACAAGAGAAAAUCUCGAGAAGGUAUUCGUGUCCUUCCUAAAAUCAAAGAGGAUCAGGUGUCACUUGGAGUUGAAGAUGACAAAGAAAAUGAAAAAGUUUUGAAACCUGUCCAUGAAAGCAAACAUCAUCAUCGACACCAUGGGCGACACCAUAAAGACCACAAAGAGCGUAAAGGACAUAAGGAUAUGAAAGAUGCUGGCGAAAAGAAACCUCAUCAUCAUCAUCACCAUCGUCAUCAUCAUCACCAUCCACGCCCUGUCUUGCAUCAUCACAGAACCAUAUCAGAGAGGGAGCAAUUGGAAUCCAGGCUGCGCUCAGGAACAUUGACGCUUAAAGAGAUUGAGCCAAUCCAGGAACGUUUAGCAACUGAAAAAGAUGAAGCAAGCUUUCUGGCCAAAAGAGAUUUGGAAGAAAUGGCAUGGCAUCGUUUUGAGGACCUAAGAGGCCUCAGAAGGAGGCGCCCUCAUCUUCCACGGCAUAAAUCUGGCAUGUCAACUCACUUCAGCAGCACAGACAUCAGCAAAAGUUUGCAGAAAUUUCCCGUAAAGUAUGACCACAGUCCUCAUGAGGCAUUUAUUGAGUUAGAGCAAUUGACAAAGCAUGGCGAGGAGAUGGAAUGGAAGGAGACGGCCCGGUGGAUAAAAUUUGAAGAGAAUGUUGAAGAUUCAAACCGUUGGGGAAAGCCGCAUGUGGCCUCGCUCACCUUCCAUAGUCUACUUGAACUGCGCAAAGGUCUAGAGAAAGGUACUGUAUUGCUGGACUUAGAGAAAUUUGAUCUGCCAAGUAUUGCUGAAGCAGUAGUAGAAAACAUGGUGAUUACAGACCAGAUAAGUCAGACAGACAGUAAUAAAGUCCUGGCAGCAUUGCUUUUACGGCAUAGACAUCAGUAUCAGAUGUCUCCUCCUAUUGCCCGACGGCCAUCAUCAUAUAAUCUUUUGGCUUUGGCAAGGAAGGACUCCAAACACCCAAUAGAAGAUUCUGAAAAUAAAGUGUUAGAACCUGAAGAAGGUGAAACGUUGGGUGAUGGAGCUAUCCGGCUAAAGAUUGAUGAAAGUGACAGUGAUUUUCCUGGGCAAGAAAUCAGUCCGUUAUCACUGAGUGGUGAUGAAAAACAAGAUCAGAAGGCAGAAGUGUCCUUUGCACCAGAACCUGCUGUGGUAGAAGGAGGUUCUGGAAAACAAGAAUCAGAUGUCAAGUCAAGAAUUCCUGAAGGAGCAGAGGCUACUACUGUCCUUGUAGGAACACUCGAUGAACUCCAAUAUCCAGUUGUAGCAUUUGUUCGUCUCGCCAAAGGGUGCCCCUUGAAUAUCACAGAAGUGUCCAUUCCUGUCAGGUUCAUGUUUGUGUUGUUGGGUCCAAGCUCGGAGGAAGAGUCUUACUACGAAAUUGGUCGGUCCGUGGCCACCCUAAUGUCAGAUCAGGCAUUUCAUGACAUUGCAUAUCGCGCAGAUUCUCGGGAAGACCUCCUGUCAGCUAUCAAUUGUUUCUUGGAUGACACGGUUGUAUUGCCGCCUGGAGAGUGGGAUCGUAACGUGUUGCUUCCAAUCCUCAUUGCUCAAAGCAGAGCUAUGGCACGAAGAAGAAAGAUGGCUAAAGCUGCUCUCGCUGCAGUUGCUGAGGAACAAGAAAUAGACCCAUUGGAAAGAACAGGUUCAUUCUGUGGUGGCCUUGUGGAAGACAUCAAAAGACGAGCUAAAGUUUACCUCAGUGACUUCAAAGAUGGACUUAAUUUGCAGUGUCUCCUAACGUCGAUAUUCCUUUAUUUUUCUGUCUUUGCUCCCAAUGUUGCGUUCGGUAGUCUUUUGGACAAGAAAACUGAUGGAUGGCUUGGUGUGUCAGAAGUAAUUCUAGCUACUUGCAUGUGUGGAAUUUUGUUUGGUCUUCUUGCGGGACAGCCACUGAUUAUUAUUGGCGCUACAGGGCCUGUGUUGGUUUUUGAGCAGACUAUUUAUGAGUUCUGUAAUGUUUACAACGUGGAAUUUCUUCCAUGGCGCUGUUGGAUUGGCUUCUGGGUCAUGAUGAUCCUGUUUGGGGUGGUUGCUUUAGAAGGCUGUUUUCUUGUACGAUAUUUCACCAGGUUUACAGAAGAAAUCUUCGCUUGUCUGAUCUCUGCUAUCUUCGUCUAUGAGGCCAUACACUUUUUAGAAGUGGUUUUCAAGAAAAAUCCUUUGCAGAAAACGUACACAGAAUCACCUAAAUCUCCUGAAUAUGAAGUGAAGGGGCAACCAAACACUGCUCUUCUUUCCACCAUCAUGGUUCUGGGAACAUUCUUCGUUGCCUUUUACCUGCGGAAGUUCAGAACAAGCUACUUUUUUGGGAAAAAGGCCAGAAGACUUGUAAGCGACUUUGGCAUAGUCAUAGCCAUGGCUUGUAUGUUACUCGUGGAUGUCUUUCUUUACGAUAAAGUCGUCACGCAGAAGAUUACCAUUGGUGAUCCUACGAAAAGAGGUUUUUUACCAACAAGAUACACAGAGAGAGGCUGGUUUAUUAACCCUGGAGGGAUGAAAAGACCCAUGGAACCUGGCUGGAUUUUUGCGGCCAUAAUUCCAGCCUUGUUCGUGGGAAUCUUGCUGUUUAUGGAAACUGAACUGACGGGAGUGCUCUUGAACAAGAAAGAAAACAAACUUUUAAAGGGCGCCGGCUUUAAUUUGGACCUAAUCGUUAUGGGAUGUCUGUCGUUUGUUUGCUCCAUGAUGGGGCUGCCAUGGAUGUGCGCGGCGACUGUCCGGUCGGUGUCACACUUAAAUGCGCUGUCUAUCUGGAGUACGUCUCAAGCUCCUGGCGUUAAACCACAUCUGGUCGAGGUCAAAGAACAGAGGGUUACAAACAUUGCCAUACACGUGUUGACAGGGGUUUCCAUUCUACUUGCUCCAGCUCUUCAUCGUAUCCCCGUCGCAGUCAUGUUUGGUGUACUGUUCUAUCUUGGUGUUUGUUCCUUGUCUGGUAUUCAGCUCGUCGACAGAAUAAUUAUGAUGUUUAUGCCCCCAAAGUAUCACCCAGAUGUGCAAUAUGUUAGAAAGGUCAAAACCCGAAAGAUUCACUCGUACACAAUCAUCCAAGUCGUCUGCCUGAUUCUCCUCAUCGUGGUCAAGUUAAACGUCAUCGCUCCGUCAUUUCCAUUUUUCAUCAUAUGCUUGAUUCCUCUUCGCAAAGUUUUGACAAAGUUUUUUGAACAGAAUGAACUCGAAGAGCUUGACAAUGAAGAGCUACCUGACGAUGAUAGCGACCUGGACGAGUACGACAGCGUGUACAUGCCAGUGUAAAGGAUACGGACAUAUUUGGAGAAGAAGUGACCCUUGGAGAACACAGCAUUAUGGUGAUGGCAUAAUUUUGAUGAUGAUCUUCAUUGAUUCAAACCGUGAAAGGGGUGCUGUUACAUAUCAAUAGUUUCCUUGUAGCUCUUGUAUCAAUUUUUUUUUUGAGAUGCAGAGUGCAAAAAAGUGUUACACGCAAAGCACUGCAAAUUGAAUGUGACCCAACAUUCUCACGGUUGAGGCGAAAAGGGACUUCAUUCAUACAGGUUCUUGCAAGGAGUGCUCCGUGAGGGUCAAUCCUUUAAAAAACCCUUCCAGAAAUCUUGUAGGAGGACCCUCUUUAUGGGAAACCCUACUGAAAUAUCCGGAGGGACUUCAGAAGUGCCCCAACACGACCAUUUUUUAGAGGUGCCUCGGUCUUUCGUAACUAACUUUGUAUAAUUGUUCAGCUAGAGAUAGAGCGCCUUUCGAGUGAGUGUCGUAAAACCAAAACCAAACCAAACCAAUCAGAAGAAAGGAAUAUACCUUAAAGAGCCAAUGAGAACUCAAACUAAAAACUAACAAACUACCUUAAAGCGCGGGAAAACGCGGGUGAGCGAUAGUCGUGAUUGGCUUUUGCAUCUGAUUGGUUGAAAGAAUGGAGUGAGUUUUUUGGACCAAUCACACUGAGCAAAGGAAAGCAAAUGGAAAAAAGAUCCCGGAUUGCUUUCGACACUCAAUUGAAAACUGCUCUAAACUGUCUUGAAUUAUUGCUUUUUUACACAUCUUUAGUAUAGUUUUUUAACCCCGACAGUUCAUUUUUUCUAAUGGACUGGGUCAUUUUGGGAGAUCGAACUAGUAGCCACGCGAUCAAGAUCCAUAUUCUUUUACGAUGAAGUGCAUAAAAUGUGAGUGAAAGGUUGAAAUAGUCUUUCCAAUACUAUACAACGCCUCGAAAUUUUCAAAUAUUAUGCUUUAAAACUUUAGGUGUGAGAUUCACGCUCGACUUUUUGCUUUAGGCACGAGACGAAAUAAAGAUUACAAUUAUUUUGCAUAAAAUUGUAUCAAAGAGUGUAAAUUUGAGCAAAUUUAAUUUACGGAGAUGACAUAGUCUUGUAUAGAUAUUUAAUUUUUGAAAUAAGCCUGAAGUUUGCGAUUUUGGUGCAAAUGUAGUGGGGGGGGGGAAUGGCAAGAAAGACGGUUUCGGUCAUUAGUUAGCAAUUAGGCAAAACUCGCGGGGAGUCCUUUGAGAAGCUGAAUGGCAUCACUUAGACUUUCUUGACCUCUGUUUAUUAGAAAUGCGUAGCUACCAACACAAACUGAAACGACUAUCAUUUUGAAGGAUAUUAAGAAAUGAAGCUAUUAAAGUAAGAAAUCGUGCAAGUUUGAAAGGGGUUUCAUGUGCUAACCGUGACAAAAUUAUUACGAGUCUGACAUUCGUUGUAGCCGCUGAAUCGAUCGGUUAAUUUUUAGAGUCUUUUAAUCCAGAUUCAUCAAAUAAACGGCAUACAAAUAUGUUUCUGAAAGUAGAAUUACACAAUCGAAACUUGGAAACGCGAAGCAAAAUAAAGCAAAAUGAAAGUAUACAAAGCUCAAAUAAAUCGAAAUGUUGAACACUUACAAACAAUCUGAAGGUUCCUUCUCAAAAUAACUGAAAAAUGUUCGUCGAAAUCGACAGGAUGAAAACGAUUCACAUUCGCGAUCUUCAGAACAAAAUUCUUCAUACACAUGGCCGAACAAGAACACUCGCUCGGCCUGGUAACAACUAGAGAUGUGUUAUGUUAAAAUCAUGAAAUGUCCGUUUUUAACCAACAUUCGUAUCGCAUCAAUGUCAUGAAUAAUAUAUGACGUGAUUAUAAGUAAGUUACUCUAAUACUCCACAGAGUUACUCGCUGAACUGCAAUUAUUAUUUUCUUAUACUUAAUUAUAAUGUAUAAUUACAUAUUGUAAAUAGUGGUAAAAAAAUUGAUGGAUUUUUUGUGUAAAUGAAAAAAAAAAACAAUUAAAUUCAAAACGGACAAUCUUA